GCAAAUGAGCACGCCACUCUCAGGCACAUUAUUUACACGUCCUUUCCUCUUUCUUAUCUGUUAGCCGAGGUUUUUCGUGUCUCUUUCUCAGUGAUUCGUUUUGACUCAUAGUUGAAAGAUUCAAUCUCAGCCGUUAGAUCUGCUCCUGAUUUGUGAAUCCUCUUCCGUCGAUCUGAGUCACCAUGGCGGCCGCGAACGCUCCCAUCGGCAUGAAGGAGGUCUUAACUUUGCCGAGCAUUGGCAUCAAUCCUCAAUUUAUCACCUUCACGAACGUAACUAUGGAAUCUGAUAAGUAUAUUUGUGUGAGAGAAACGGCGCCUCAAAAUGGUGUUGUGAUCAUCGACAUGAACAUGCCGAUGCAGCCGCUGAGACGGCCUAUUACAGCAGAUUCCGCUCUUAUGAAUCCGAAUUCUAGGAUCCUUGCUUUGAAAGCUCAACUACCGGGAACAACUCAAGAUCACUUGCAAAUAUUUAACAUAGAGAUGAAAGCGAAAAUGAAAUCACAUCAGAUGCCUGAACAGGUUGUAUUUUGGAAGUGGAUAAGCCCAAAAAUGCUUGGCCUGGUGACACAGACCUCUGUAUAUCAUUGGUCAAUUGAAGGUGAUUCCGAGCCAGUUAAGAUGUUUGAGAGAACAGCUAAUUUAGUGAACAAUCAGAUAAUAAACUAUAAAUGUGACCCCUCAGAGAAGUGGCUAGUUUUGAUUGGAAUUGCCCCUGGUGCACCUGAGAGGCCACAAUUGGUUAAGGGGAGCAUGCAACUUUUCUCUGUUGAUCAGCAGCGUAGUCAAGCUCUUGAAGCACAUGCUGCUUCAUUUGCACAAUUUAAGGUUCCAGGAAAUGAGAAUCCUUCUAUUCUUAUUUCGUUUGCCACCAAGACUUUUAAUGCUGGCCAGAUUACAUCAAAGUUGCAUGUAAUUGAGCUUGGUGCCCAGCCAGGUAAGCCGUCAUUUUCAAAGAAACAGGCGGAUCUUUUCUUUCCACCAGAUUUUCAAGAUGAUUUUCCAGUCGCAAUGCAGAUAUCCCACAAAUAUAGUUUGAUCUACGUCAUCACCAAGCUUGGGCUGCUGUUUGUUUAUGAUCUAGAGACAGCGACUGCUGUAUACAGGAAUAGAAUCAGUCCAGACCCAAUAUUUUUAACCUCUGAAGCUUCAGCUGUGGGAGGGUUUUAUUCCAUUAACAGGCGAGGUCAGGUGUUGUUGGCUACUGUAAAUGAAUCAACAAUAGUGCCAUUUGUUAGUGGUCAAUUGAACAAUUUGGAGCUUGCUGUCAAUCUGGCUAAAAGAGGAAACCUUCCUGGUGCAGAGAAUCUGGUUGUCCAACGUUUUCAAGAAUUGUUUGCUCAAACAAAGUAUAAAGAAGCUGCUGAGCUUGCUGCAGAGUCUCCACAAGGGAUCCUUCGCACACCUGAUACGGUUGCCAAGUUUCAGAGUGUUCCUGUGCAGGCUGGGCAGACUCCGCCUCUUUUGCAGUACUUUGGUACACUUUUAACAAGAGGGAAGCUCAAUGUAUUUGAGUCACUGGAAUUAUCUCGGCUUGUGGUAAACCAAAACAAGAAGAAUCUUCUGGAGAAUUGGUUGGCUGAAGAUAAAUUGGAAUGUAGUGAGGAACUUGGAGACCUUGUGAAGACCGUGGAUAAUGAUCUUGCCCUGAAAAUAUAUAUUAAAGCUAGGGCAACUCCAAAAGUUGUCGCAGCUUUUGCUGAACGGAGAGAGUUUGACAAAAUCUUGAUUUACUCAAAGCAGGUGAUUGCUGCAUUUUUUUUUGUAUUGGCAUUUUCUGGUGUGAUGAUGUGUGAUCUCCCUUUUUACGUCCUAUCAAGUUGGGGAAUUAUUUCUCCUAGUUGUUCUUUACUUUUUGGUGAAUUCAUGCAUCAACUAUUCAUGACUAAAUUGUUUCCUCAGGUUGGGUACACUCCUGAUUACUUGUUCCUUCUGCAAACAAUUCUUCGUACAGAUCCACAGGGAGCUGUUAAUUUUGCAUUGAUGAUGUCUCAAAUGGAGGGUGGUUGUCCGGUUGAUUACAACACCAUUACGGAUCUUUUCCUUCAGAGGAACUUGAUCCGGGAGGCUACUGCAUUUCUGUUAGAUGUUUUGAAGCCAAAUCUGCCAGAGCAUGCUUUUCUACAAACAAAGGUCUUGGAAAUCAAUCUAGUAACUUUUCCAAAUGUUGCUGAUGCCAUUUUAGCAAAUGGAAUGUUCAGUCACUAUGAUCGUCCCCGAAUUGCACAACUUUGUGAGAAAGCUGGUCUCUACGUGCGAGCUCUGCAGCAUUACACUGAGUUGCCAGAUAUUAAACGUGUCAUUGUGAAUACACAUGCUAUUGAGCCGCAGUCACUUGUUGAGUUUUUUGGUACUCUCUCACGAGAAUGGGCUUUGGAGUGCAUGAAGGACCUUCUGCUGGUUAAUCUAAGAGGCAACCUUCAAAUCAUCGUUCAGGUUGCCAAGGAGUAUUGUGAGCAGUUGGGUGUUGAAGCUUGCAUAAAACUUUUUGAGCAAUUUAAGUCAUAUGAAGGAUUGUACUUUUUCUUGGGCUCUUAUUUGAGCUCAAGUGAGGACCCAGAUAUACACUUUAAGUACAUUGAGGCAGCUGCUAAAACUGGACAAAUAAAGGAGGUUGAGCGUGUAACCAGGGAAUCAAACUUUUAUGAUGCUGAAAAGACGAAGAACUUCCUGAUGGAGGCCAAGCUUCCUGAUGCUAGGCCUCUGAUUAAUGUUUGUGAUCGAUUUGGGUUUGUUCCUGAUCUCACUCACUACCUCUACACAAAUAACAUGCUCCGUUACAUUGAAGGUUAUGUUCAGAAGGUGAACCCAGGGAAUGCUCCUUUGGUAGUGGGGCAGUUGCUAGAUGAUGAAUGCCCUGAAGAUUUUAUAAAGGGUCUCAUUCUCUCAGUUCGUUCUUUGCUUCCGGUGGAGCCCCUUGUGGAUGAAUGUGAGAAGAGAAAUCGACUUCGCUUACUUACACAGUUCUUGGAGCAUCUUGUAAGUGAGGGAAGCCAAGAUGUGCAUGUCCACAAUGCUCUGGGUAAAAUUAUUAUUGACAGCAAUAACAAUCCAGAGCACUUCCUCACAACCAACCCUUACUAUGAUUCCCGGGUUGUUGGUAAGUACUGUGAGAAGCGUGAUCCCACCCUGGCAGUUGUGGCUUACCGAAGAGGACAAUGUGAUGAUGAACUUAUCAAUGUCACAAAUAAGAACUCAUUGUUCAAAUUGCAGGCCAGGUAUGUUGUUGAGAGGAUGGAUGGUGAUCUUUGGGAGAAGGUUCUAAAUCCUGAAAAUGAAUAUAGAAGACAGCUAAUCGAUCAGGUUGUGUCGACUGCUUUGCCAGAAAGCAAGAGUCCAGAACAAGUCUCUGCAGCUGUUAAAGCUUUCAUGACAGCUGAUCUGCCCCAUGAACUGAUUGAGCUUCUUGAGAAGAUUGUGCUCCAAAACUCUGCAUUCAGUGGGAACUUCAAUCUGCAAAAUCUUCUUAUUUUGACAGCUAUUAAGGCAGAUCCAUCUAGAGUUAUGGAUUAUAUCAAUAGGCUAGAUAAUUUUGAUGGACCUGCAGUUGGAGAAGUGGCCGUGGAAGCCCAACUAUAUGAAGAAGCUUUUGCAAUUUUCAAAAAGUUCAACUUAAAUGUUCAGGCGGUCAAUGUUUUAUUGGAUAAUAUUAGAAGCAUCGAUCGGGCCGUGGAAUUUGCAUUCCGAGUUGAAGAAGAUGCUGUUUGGAGUCAGGUGGCAAAGGCACAACUGAGGGAGGGGCUGGUGAGCGAUGCAAUUGAAUCAUUUAUUCGUGCAGAUGAUGCUACUCAGUUCCUUGAUGUCAUCCGAGCUUCUGAGGAUGCUGAUGUCUACCCUGAUUUGGUGAGGUACCUUCUGAUGGUUAGACAGAAGGUCAAGGAGCCCAAGGUGGACAGUGAACUCAUUUAUGCCUAUGCAAAGAUUGAUAGACUGGGUGAAAUUGAAGAAUUCAUUCUCAUGCCAAAUGUUGCUAAUCUUCAAAAUGUUGGUGAUCGCUUGUUUGAUGAAGCCCUAUAUGAAGCUGCAAAAAUCAUAUUUGCAUUUAUAUCCAACUGGGCCAAGUUGUCUGUUACACUGGUGAGGCUUAAACAAUUCCAAGGUGCUGUUGAUGCAGCCCGAAAAGCAAACAGUGCCAAGACAUGGAAGGAGGUUUGCUUUGCUUGUGUUGAUGCAGAGGAAUUCCGAUUGGCACAGAUAUGUGGUCUUAACAUUAUUGUACAGGUGGAUGACUUGGAAGAAGUAAGUGAAUACUAUCAGAAUAGAGGAUGCUUCAAUGAGUUGAUCUCUCUCAUGGAGAGUGGUUUAGGAUUGGAACGUGCACACAUGGGGAUCUUUACUGAGUUGGGAGUUUUGUAUGCCAGAUAUCGCCCAGAGAAGCUUAUGGAGCACAUUAAAUUGUUCUCUACACGUCUCAAUAUUCCCAAGCUGAUAAGAGCUUGUGAUGAGCAGCAGCAUUGGAUGGAACUUACCUAUUUAUAUAUCCAAUAUGGUGAGUUUGAUAAUGCUGCAACUACUGUGAUGAACCACUCUCCUGAAGCAUGGGAUCAUAUGCAGUUCAAAGAUAUUGCAGUCAAAGUUGCUAAUGUUGAGCUAUAUUACAAGGCCGUCCACUUCUACUUGCAAGAACAUCCUGAUCUUAUCAAUGAUAUGCUGAACGUGCUUGCACUUCGUGUGGAUCACACUCGUGUUGUUGACAUUAUGAGAAAGGCUGGUCAUCUGCGUCUAGUGAAGCCAUACAUGGUUGCUGUUCAGAGUAACAAUGUGUCAGCAGUAAAUGAGGCAUUGAAUGAGAUUUAUGUAGAAGAAGAAGAUUAUGAUAGAUUGAGAGAAUCUAUUGACUUGCACGAUAAUUUUGAUCAGAUUGGUCUUGCUCAAAAGAUUGAGAAACAUGAGCUGCUUGAGAUGAGGCGUGUUGCUGCAUACAUUUACAAAAAGGCAGGCAGAUGGAAGCAAUCUAUUGCCUUGUCAAAGAAAGACAACCUUUACAAAGAUGCAAUGGAAACAGCUUCACAGUCCGGUGACCGAGAACUUGCCGAGGAGUUGCUUGUUUACUUCAUUGAACAGGGCAAGAAGGAAUGCUUUGCAUCGUGCCUCUUUGUCUGCUAUGACUUGAUUCGACCAGAUGUUGCUCUUGAGCUAGCCUGGAUUAACAAUAUGAUUGACUUCGCAUUCCCGUAUCUGUUGCAGUUUAUCCGUGAAUAUACCGGCAAAGUUGAUGAACUUAUCAAGGACAAAAUUGAGGCUCAAAUUGAAGUAAAGGCUAAAGAGCAGGAAGAGAAGGAAGUGAUUGCACAACAGAACAUGUAUGCUCAGUUACUACCUCUUGCCUUGCCUGCACCACCAAUGCCGGGUAUGGGAGGAGGUUUUGCACCUCCACCACCCAUGGGAGGAAUGGGAAUGCCUCCUAUGCCGGCUUUCGGCAUGCCACCAAUGGGCGGCUAUUAAGUCACAUAACAGGUUUGAUUGAAGAUUUUAUUAUUCAGUGGAUCCAUGAUGCUCCAAGGAAAAGAACAUCGUAGUUGUAAUAGUGGCAUUUCUUCAGGCUUCAACUACUUGAAUUUUUUUCCCCUUUCAUGUUCCUUUAGUCUGAUGGAGUGAAGAUCAAAGUUGGAAUAAUGCCAUUUUUGUGUUCUAGGUGUGUGAUAUGUCUUGUAAUAUUCUUUAUUGUUAGAAGAGGCAUUUUUGGGCUGCUGUUAUAGGGGAAGCUGAUGAUUUCAUGCAUAUUUGUAUUUUGUAGUAUAUACGAAACAAUUCACACCGAUCAUAGUUUCGGAAUUUGAUUACUCUCAUUUAUACUUUGUUUCCCCUUUAAGUUCCUUUGUCUCGUCAACGUUUGUCUUUGUGCUUAAUUUUUCUAGUGGAAACAGUAACAUAAAUUUGCUUAUGUUUUAUCUCA